UUGAUUUUUCUUUCGUAUUGAAACGAAAAGUCCUCAGUGUGGUUUGCAAACUGAAACUGAACGAGUCAGAAAUUAAAAAUACAGCAAGCUUGUGUUGUGAAUUGAGUUUUAAAAAAAAGUUGAUUUAUUUUUAUUUUAACAAUAAUGGAUCCAGCAAUUAAAGCUGUUGCUAUGAUUGCACCAGUAUUAGCACCACUUGCUGUUAAAUUAAUUGAUAAAUUGAUAUUCAUUGAACCCCCACAACAGCAACAACAACAACAACAACAACAAAUUCAAGGAUCACAAAUAAUAAAAAUUUCAACUCCACAACAGUGCAAUUGCCAAAAAAAUCGCAGUAAAUCUGUGACAAGUGAUACCUUUGAUGAUUCAUCAGCAACUUGCAGUACUUGUAGCACAUGUUUCUCAUCAACUGGAUGCUCUGAAAUGUCUGGUGAUUAUAAAUAUGUCAGCAAUAAGAGCAGCUAUUUAAUGGCACCAAUGCAAAAAAAUCGUUCAUCAUCAAUAAGUGGAAAAUCAUCAUUAUCAGUUGAUAUUGAUAAAUCAAAACAAAAAUCUAGAGGUCACAGGAGCUCAAGUGAUUCUCGUUUAUCAACAGAAUUAAAAAAAUCACGUAACAAUGAAACCUUGGAUAUUCUUGCUGAUCGAUUAUUAAAAAAAGAAACUGCUUCAAAAAAAUCUAUGAUAAUUUCAAAGGGAAAAGAAAAUAUUGAGCCAAAAAAAAUAUUUUCACAAUCACCAUUAGCUAAUAGCACAUUUAGACAAUCAGAGCAAUCAUCAGGAUCAUCAUUGUCAACUAGAAAAAUCACCACAAACAGCAGCAAAGCUUCAGCUAAAAAAUCAGGUUCUUGUUGCUGUAAAUCUAAUCGUUUUUAAUAUUCCAUAAUUUCUUUAGAAAUUUUACAAUAAAUUAUUAAUAAUUAUUUCAAAAUUUCAAUGAAAAAAAAAAAAUAAUUCUAAAUUCUCAUUUAUGUAUUUAAUAUCAAUUUUCAUUAUAAGUUUUUCUAUAUUUAAUUUUAUUCAAUGAUUAAUAGUUUAUUUACAAAAAAAAAAUUUUUAUAUAUAAAAUAAAGAAAAUUAAUAAUAGUUAUUUAAAUUUUAAUGUAUUCAAAAGAAAAAAAAAAAAUUAGUCAAAUAAGUUGCUUGAAGUCAUGGCCAUAGUGUCAAUUAUUAAUAUUAUAUUUUAAAUAAAUAAAUAAAUAAAUAAAUAAAUAUUUUUAAAAAACUUAAA